AUGAGCAAAAGGCGGACAUGGGUCUGCCUCUUCGUCAUCGUCUACUCCAUCCUCCUGUCCUCCUCGUGGAACCUCCUCCAAUCGAUCCUCUCCUGGUACCAGCAGCAGUCCCAGAUCGCGUCGUCGUCGGGCUGGCCGGCCAUCUACGCGUCGGUGCUGCUGGGGGCGGUGUUCGGCGUGAUGUCGAUGGCGGCGGCGCUGGCGGUAGCGGUGCCGGCGACGGUGGUGAUAUGGAUUACGGUGGUGGUGCUUCUGGCGUUCUUCGGGAAGCCGAGGAGGGUUUUGGUGGUGGAAGGGAGGAAGAUCACGAGGGAGAUUUUGGGGUUCGUGAUUAAGAUCUUGUUGAAGGAAGGGAACGCGGUGGCCGCUGUCUGCGCUGUUCUUGGAUACUUUGCUCUGGUCCGAAGGAAUGCUGACGUGGAUUGA